AUGUCUGGAAACUUCCCUGCAAGACUGCAGCAAUCGAACAUAAUGGAGGAAGAGCCCAUACCCUCAUACCAAGAAUCUAGCACCGCAUACGCCGAAUCUAGUAAUCCUCCACCACAGUUCGAAGCCCUCCUCGACGAACCUCCCGCCUAUUCCAUCCUGGACUCAAAUCAAACCACCUUCAUGAUUUACGGAACCUUCAUCCAUACGCCCGCUGGCCCGGCCUACCAACUCUCCCGCGCACUCGAUCAACGCGGACCGCAAUUUCGUAUCCGACGACUCCGUGCGAAAGAAGUGGCUCUUACACAGUCCUCAGCCCUUGCGUUUGAUAAAGAUAGUGUGUUGUAUGAGGUUAAUGAUCCGCCGCUCCGCAAUAACGAAUAUCAUAUUCGAGGGUUCAGGAAGAGUUGUUUUCCAGGGACAUUAGAAUUGAGAUUCAGCAUGUGGAAGUGGCGUGUAAUACAUAUCCCACGCCCAAAUACAAAGGGGCGCGAAAUACUUAGCAUGAAAGUCGGUUCUUUCAGCUCUAGCCGCUUACACCGUAAAAAGGAAGAACACGGCAGUGACUGGAGAGAUCUACAGGGUAAAGUCGUGGCGACUGAGAUUCUGAAGGUCAUGGAUGAUGCAGGUGUGUUGCCUGUGAUAGAGCUAGAGAAGGACUUGGAUCAGAAGUGGAGGGAAUUGUUGUUGACAGUUUGGACGGCAAGGCUUUGGGUGGCCUUUGGUGAAGAUAAGACCUUGGCUCAGGAUGGAAGGUUCCGGGGGAAGUUUAUGACAUUGAGUCGGAGUGGAUAUUAUCUUGGGAGUGGGGUGUAA